AUGGGCCGUUGGGCUCAGUCUUCCCCUGUUCCCGCGCUCGGGCCCCGACCUCCCAGGGGGCGAUCACUCCCGUUCCCUGUCUUCUCCCCACUCCCCUCUCCCACCGACGGCUCCCCCCACGAUCUGCCGCCACUCGCGGUGGACUCCCGCUCCCCCGCUGGAACGCGGGGCCGAGCUUUGGCCUCUGUCGGGUCCCCCGGGUUGUCCCUCCACCCCCAGGACCCGUGCCGUCUGCCUCGGGCCGGCUCACUUCCCCCCGAGGUGCAAGGUCGGCGCUUGGCCUCCCCCUGUUUCUCCCUCCAGCUCUGCAUCCACCCGCGCUGCCGGCGGGCUCGGCCCCCCUCGCCUCCUCUUCCCCCUGGCCUGGAGGCUGCCCAGGCCGCUCCUGGCCCGGGGGAAGGCGCGCCGGAGGCGUCCGCGGUGGCGGCGUGUGGCAACUUUGCUGUCCUGGUGGAUUUCCAUGUUACGCCGCAAGACUUCAGUAAGGACACUCAGUGGUUCUCGAAUCAUAAGAGAGAGGAAAUCUGCAUGCUGCUAAAAGACGCAGUGGAAUCGAGAGUGGAGCAGUACCUGAAAACCCGUAAGCGACAUGGUCAGGGGAAGCAAUUGGAAUAUGCUCGAGUUGAUCCGUUGUCUAUGGAAGGUGAUGGCUUUUACAUUACGGCCUACUUUGUGAAGAGAUGGGACCGUCUGCAAUGUAUUGGGGGGCAGCAGUACAGUGAGCUGCGGAUGUUUCCAGACCGGUUUGUGAUUUGUGUCACGAGACUUGAAUCCGGUUCACCUCUUUGCGUCAGUGAGUGUGUGGCACCGAAAGAGAACCUGCCUGUUGGGACAUCUGAAUAUUUUGGAAAGUCUGAGGAAGACGAAAAGUACAAGAUUUCCCUGACACAAGAGAAAAAGAAAGAUACUCUGAAAAAGAUAGUGAAGAGGACAGAAACCAAGAGAGCUAAUGAGAGCAAACCUCAGCUCAGCAAGGACACCGUGGAAGUAUAUCUUGGCUCGCUGCGCUCAGACAGGGAGUAGGAAGAAUGCAUCUCCAGCCCCUUCCAACGCUCAGUCUAAAGCGAGACGUAGGCGUAGAGAACAACCAAAGGGUUUUGCACAAAUACAGCUGAGAACAGCUUGAGGCUUCCUGUUUCGGAAUUGGACAGUGAUGCGCAUCGGAGAC